UCAUUCGAUAAUUAGGAAAAGCCUUAAGUACGCGUGUGAUCCAACCUUUUUUCCUUCUUCUUUUGACAAAGUAUGAUAUGCAAAAUGUGAUCUUGGGUAAGACGGUCAGCGGCUAUCAUAAAUAAUGGCGGACAAUAUGGCGGGUAUUUUGUGCCGAUAUGAAAAUUUGCAUGUAUUUAGCGACACAAUAGAUGGUUUUCCCCCUAGCAGCUGCUUACAUCAAUCGACGUCAGAGAUCACCUAACAAAACAUACGUGCCUAGGACUUUUGCCGAUUUCCGGUGCUAGCCGUUUUUAGGAUUUCCAGUUCAGUGGCGAAGGGAACAUUUUCUCGUCUUACAUUGCUGCCUCUACUAUUACCCUCUCCAAGCAACUCGUACCUUCAAACGGUGACGGUUCCUCACUACGGAAACCGGGAAGACAGAGUUACAGAUCGCCAUUGUGUUUAAAACGCCACGCGGUAGAGCUGCUAACAAAGAGAGCCGGUCUGCAGUUUGCAAAAGAUCUGAGGUCGACUCGCCUUCGAUGUUUGCCGGGCCUUUUUCCAGGAUUUUGUAAAUUGUAUAUAAUUCAACUCCUCCUGAAAUCUUCUGAUUGAUCUCUAAUUUAUCGCAUAUUUGUACAGGUAAGUUUGUCUUCUUCGCACAAAUAGUUAAAAUGGAGAUUAUAAGCUUCGAAUUUUCAUCAAUAACAAUGUGUCGAUUGAAUUUCGCGCACAGCUUGAAAAUUUAAAGCGAUGGUGUUCAAACCUGCAACUUACUCUCCAAUCGCCGGGACAUUUUGUCGGUUAUGCGAGAGCAACUGGAAAACCACACAUCUGAUAACUGACACACAAGUAAUAUUCCUUUCCUCGUAGUUAUUUUUACGUUACAAAACUUAACCUCAAUUGAAAUAUUCAGGGUUUUUUUCACUACAGUUUAUUCCGUUUGCUAUGGAAGUGCAUUUAUUUCUUACAGUGGGGAAACAUGUGAUAUCUAUGUCUAUGGCCAGCAAAUGAUCGACAUAAUAUUAUUUCUUGUUUGUUGUUCUCUGUUUGUCAUAACACCCAAGUAGAAAAUGCUGCAGAUGCUACAAUUUACUUGUCCGGAAGACCUCGAAAAACGCUUUGUGCACGAGACAUACGAAGAGAUCGCCCCUGGUUUUAGAAAUGCAAGAUACAAGGCAUGGCCUUGUGUUACUCAAUUUAUCAAGGCCCAACCAAAAGGCAGCGUCAUAGCUGAUAUUGGCUGUGGGACUGGUAAAUACCUUAGUAUUUCUACAGAUGCCUUUAUUACAGGAUCCGAUUGCUGUCCUAAGUUUGUAGAAAUUGCAAGAGAAAGGCAGCAUGAAGUUUCCCUCUGUGACAACUUGUCUCUGCCAUACAGAGAUGACUGCCUUGAUGCUGUGAUCUCAGUGGGGGUUAUCCAUCACUUGGCUUCCUCUAAGAGGAGAUUGCAAGCCAUCUGCGAGCUGGCAAGGGUAUUAAGGCCUGGUGGCAAGAUGAUGCUUUGUGUUUGGGCAAUGGAACAGAAACAUAGAAAGUUUCAUGGCCAGGAUGUGUUAGUACCUUUCAGACCUCACAAAAACAGAAUGAGAAGAAGACAUCAAGUCCUGAGACCAACACCAAAGCAGCAAUCUCCGAUUCAGCAGAGCAAAUUAGUUCACGACCAAACUAGACCCAGGUCGAGGUCCUGUGGCGCACUUAACGUUUUAGGCACUUCCAGGGAUCCCGAUAGUACCAGAGGCAGCAAUGAUGACCUAUCGCUCACUAACAGCACAUCGGAGUUUCAUGCGCUUAGGGAACUGCUGCUCACGCUAAAAAACAGAAAAGAGCUCCUGAUGAGUAACAUAAACGCUCAGGUUGUAAAGCUCCAUUCGGAUAAGGACGCUGGUAGACUUAACACGCUGUUAUCCAAGCUGCUAAAGACGCUCUUCGAUGAGCGAGAGACUGAAAAGAAGAUUGGUUCAGAUCCAGAUAAAGAGCGAGGCUUACCUAACAUUCCUAACUUGCUUUCAGCAUUUGUGAAGAAGAUUUUUAAGGAAAAGGAUGAAAAGCAACUAGUUAACAAUGAUACUGCCCAAGAAGAUGUGGAGAUUUCGUCACUGUCGACAGAGAGUCGUCACCCAGAAGCCACGUCAAGGCAGAGAUGGCUCUUUGACAGGGUCGGUUCGUUUGAUAGUGACUGCAGUGAAACAGACUUAGAGGUAAGCAAACAGUUACUAGAUAUUCAAGAUGAGUCGAGUGAGAGGUCAGAGGCGAAUCUUUUAUCAGAGAAAACAGAUGGCGGCAGCGACCCGGAUAAAGUUGCCACCAAAAUACCAAUGCAUUUUUUAGCUAGAUUGAUGGAGACGCUUUCGUCCUCGAGCGAGACUGAAAGCGAUGGUUCGAUAUCACCUGAUUUAUUCAGCUCCGACUCGGAGAUUCCUAGAACUAUCGAUCCCCCAAAAGAAGAGAAUUCGCCCCCGAUUGAAACCAGCCCUGCGUCUUCAAUCAAGUGUUGCCCUAGCGAUGCUGAUAGUAAUCGUUACAAAGCACUACAGCGGUUCUACCACGUGUUUCGCGAGGGGGAACUUACAGACCUCAUAACCAGAAACAUUUCAACAGCCGAAGUCAUUCAGGAGUUUUAUCAUCAUGGAAAUUGGGUGAUUGUUGUUGAGAAACUCUGACUGACUCUUACCUUGUCGUUGACAAGUAUUUUUAGUGUUCCUUUAGUCAUUGAUUUGUAGGUAUUUCUAAAAACGCUUGUUAGACCUUGCAUAUAGAGGUAUUUUUAAAGUUCCUUAGCACAUUUUUAAAGCAUAUUAUAUUAUCUUCCAUGAAGAAAUACAGAUAUACGUUGUUGUGUCUGACAUAGACAAAUCAUUUUUAAUAUAAGUAAAGCAAAAGAUGUUUUUAAUAUUUUUAUAGUGAAUAUUCUCUAUUCCAAACGCUGCAGGUUUUACGAGAUUAUCACGCUUAUUUAUUUUUAUCUUGUUUGUAUAUGGAAACAAAUUUUAACUAUGAUUGAAUAAAGAAGCUUGAUAUAAAAUCUA